AUGAGCGGAAGCAGGCAGCCGCCAGUGCGGAAAGGCAGAAAUGAGCCGCAGCCAGGGAUCCAUAGGCAGCAGACACCUUGGGAUGGCGAAUGUUGUGAAGAUUUCCCAGCAUUCAGAGCUAGUGGCUCUGACAGCGUCUGGCGCGACUGCACGCCGCCUCACCACUUUCCGUUUCGACGUAGCAGCACUCUUGAGCAAUGUGGUACACGACCUGGAGCUGCUGCAGCGGUACCGCUAACACCAACAGGGGCCUCAAGACACGGCACGACGAGGCGGUCAGCCGCCUGUACGGAUGCGCAGGCAACAGCGGCCGCGGCGGCCGCACUUGAAGCUGUUGCUGCUGCGGCCGUACAGCUCUCCUUUCGCAUUCUCGAUCCUUGGAAUCCCGGAAGGGGUAGCGGGAGCAGCAGCGCGAGCGAGUGGACAGCCUUCGGCACGAUUACACUCAGAACGACCAAAACAGGAGAACCUGCAGCCGAGUGGGCCUCUUUCGAUGACGAGCCCUUUUCGGCGGCCUUGCUUGAGGCGCAGCAGCAUCAGCAACAUCGUCUGGAGCAGGAAGAAGUCUUUCCCGCUCUUUCACUGAAGGUUGAGUCUGAGCAGGGGCGACCGCCUGUACUCAGCACCAUGCCCUUGUCUCUACUGCUGCAGCAGCAGCAGCACCAACAAGAGCAGCAGCCGCACGAACCGCAUGCAGAGGUGUCACCAUGUGCAGACAGCGCUUCUUCCCCUUUUUCCCUUCAGAUCCAUUUGGGGAGUUUGCUGCUGCACCCCAUUGGAGUGACUCUGCUGCAUGCUGCCGCCGCAACCGAGAUAGUGAAGCGACAACAGCAGAAAUCGCAGGAGUCUACGCGCUAUUACGUCUCCUGUCAUGCCUCCAAGCCCGCUUUGCUGCUAGCGACUCCCCCGAAGGACCCCCAAGCUGCAGUUCUUCUUCCCGCCGCUGCGACACCGCAACAAGCUCCCGCCUCGCCGCAUGGGCCGCAGCAGCAUGAGCAGAAUCAGCAGCAGGAGCAGCAGCAACAACAACCGUCCCUGCUGCAGCGGUACUGGUGGGUGCUCCCCGUCAUUGUACUGCUGCAGUUCGUAACUGGGGGCUUCUCCGUUGAGGAAGAAAGGCCUAGACCGGCUGCUGCCGCUGCUCCGCAUGCAGGUGGCAGCACUGGUGUCAGCAGGCAUCAGGGAAGGCUUUCUGCUUUGGGAGCUUCCCAGCAGGCUGUGCGGGGCAUCGUGGUGGCAGGCUUGAGGGGUGUAGAUUCCAGUCUAAGUGCAGAGACACUCGGGCCAGCAGCAACGGAGGUCCAGUGCACGGAAAGUCCACUGUUGCAGGAGAGUAGUGGAAGACUUCGCAAGCAAGCAGAUAGAAAUAGAGAGAGGGGGGGCAAAAGGGGCUUGUGCAUAGAAAUAAGGGCCAAAACACAUCGAGGGAGAGCGAGAGAGACAGUCAGACUGACUGGUAGAAAAAGGCACAUACAGAGACCGAAAGAGACACAGACAGACACGUGGAGAGAGGGAAGGAGAGGCAGAAUAGGAGCAGAGAGGUACAUGCUGGCUAAGCCUUCACGACAACUGGCAGGCCCUGCUCGUGAUAGUUCUGCUCUUUUCUUUACCCCCAGUUAUGCGAAUGGACCCUGGUUAUGCCACGAGAUGCAGCCUACAAAACGGUGUCGUCCCAAAGCGGCCCCUAUCCCAGAUCUUACGGAGACGGAGAGGAAGACUCCACUGCAUGCGCGGAGUGCGCCGAAAACGGCUCGACCCCCGGCAGUGAAAGCAAGGGGGCGACUGGCAUUGAAAGAAGGGGGGAAGUCACUUCCCCAGGUUCGUGCCGAGCAGGGACGUCUCUGUACAGCCCCCGGCACCUUCCAGUACACUGCUUGUAUUUGCUGGAAAAUAAGUUAUCUUGUGGAACUGGCCGUGGAUGUUCAGAGCGCUUCUAUGGCAGCUCUGAGGCUUAGUGGGUCUCCCUGUGAAGAUAUAUACGUCUCUGUCUCAGGAACUGGUUCGCCAGAAAAGCUUCCUUUGUCUGAUUAUAGAGAGACGGACAGUCGUGCUGCCACGACAAAUGAGGGCCGUACAGGCCGCAUUAGUGCUUCUCAGGCUUGCAAAUACUGCCCUGUUUGGCAAAAGCCCCCAGGUUUCAGGAGCUUAUUGCCCGUGACGUUGGACCCUGAAUAG